CCCUGAGACAGUGACAGGGAACAUGUUGACCCUGCUGAGGUGCCGGCUGUCAGGAGGUCCCUACUCCUGGAGGGGGAGGGCGGCCUCGGGACUGAGCAGCAGCCAGGAGAGUCCCGGGCAGAAGAAAUACCGAGAUACCGUGCUGCUACCCCACACCGACUUCCCCAUUCGCCGCAGCCCAGAGGACACCGUCGCCACCGAAUGCCGCCUGCAAGAGGAAUGUAACUUCUCACAAUUGUAUAACUGGCAAAGAAGCAGAAAAGCCAAGAAAGAGUUCAGCUUGCACGAUGGGCCGCCCUAUGCUAAUGGAGACCCCCACGUUGGACACGCUCUGAAUAAGAUCCUAAAGGACGUUACAAAUCGUUUUCAAAUGAUGCGGGGGCACAAGGUGUCCUAUGUUCCGGGAUGGGAUUGUCAUGGGUUACCCAUAGAACUGAAAGCCCUGGCUGAACUUGGAGACAAAGCUGACAGUCUGUCACCUAUGGAAAUCAGAAGUAGAGCCAAGGCAUUUGCAGAGAGAGCCAUAGAGAAGCAAAAAGCAUCAUUCAUUCGCUGGGGAGUGAUGGCUGACUGGGAGAAAUGCUAUUAUACCUUCGAUAAGAAUUACGAAGCAAAACAAUUGGAUGUCUUCAGCAAAAUGCAUGAGAAGGGACAUGUUUAUCAGGAUUACCGGCCUGUCUUUUGGUCUCCAUCGUCAAAGACAGCACUGGCUGAAGCAGAGCUAGAAUAUAACCAGCAACAUGUCAGCCGAUCCAUCUAUGUAAAGUUUCCUUUGCAGAAGCCUCCUCCCAAUCUGGCGUCUGUAAUAGAUGGCACCACAAAGGUCAGCGCUCUGAUUUGGACAACGCAACCAUGGACCAUCCCUGCGAAUCAGGCUAUCAGUUAUAUGCCAGCUGCAACGUAUUCUUUGGUGAAGUGCCUGACUUCAGGAGAGCUUUAUAUUCUGGCUACAGAACUUGCGGAUUCCAUAGCACUUUCCCUGGGAACCAAAUUUGAAAUCAUUUCAACUUUUAAAGGGUCAGAUCUUGAAAAUGGAUUGUGUGAUCACCCCACAAUACCAGGACGAGUCUCUCCAUUUUUGUCAGCCAACCACGUCUCCAUGGGAAAAGGUACAGGCCUCGUGCACACUGCGCCUGCCCACGGCAUUGAAGAUUACAGCGUUGCUUCUCAUCACAAAUUAGCAGUGGACUGCCUGGUGGAUGAAGCUGGCUGCUACACCUCUAAAGCAGGGGCUGACUUAGAAAACAAAGCUGUACUUGAAGAUGGCAAUGAAGCUGUCAUACAGAUGUUACUGGGUUCUAAGAACCUGCUAAAGGAGGAGAGCUUUGUACAUAGCUACCCAUAUGAUUGGAGGACCAAGAAGCCUGUUAUCUUUCGUGCCAGCAAGCAGUGGUUUGUCAGCACCGCCAACAUUAAAGACAAAGCUCAGGAAGUUUUAAAGAAAGUGAAAUUUGUUCCGGCCUCAGCCACCAACCGCAUGUUAAAAAUGCUUGAAGACAGAACGUACUGGUGUAUAUCGAGACAGCGUAGUUGGGGGGUCCCAAUCCCAGUAUUCUAUCACAAGGAGACACGAGAGCCACUGAUUAACAGGCACAGUAUUGGACAUAUCAUUACAAUGGUGGAGCAGCAUGGUAGUGAUGUAUGGUGGACACACCCUGUAGAAGAAUUACUUCCGAAAACCGUGCUGAAACAGGCUGGCAGCAGGGCUGAAGUGCAGGAGUACGAGCCUGGACGGGAUGUUUUGGACAUAUGGUUCGAUAGUGGAACAUCAUGGGCUCAUGUGUUGGAAGAUGCAGAACAGAGAGCUGAUGUGUAUAUUGAAGGCAAGGACCAGCUUGGAGGAUGGUUUCAGUCUUCCCUCCUCACCAGUGUGGCUUCCAGAAACAAAGCACCAUAUAAGAAUGUAAUAGUCCAUGGAUUUGUUCUGUCCGAAACAGGAGACAAAAUGUCCAAAUCUGUUGGAAAUGUGGUGGAUCCGGAUGUCAUCAUAAAUGGUGGUCAGGACAAAACAAAAGAGCCGGCCUAUGGAGCUGAUGUCUUACGCUGGUGGGUGGCUGAGUCCAAUGUCUUUACUGAAGUCCUGAUUGGACCAACUGUACUGAAUGCAGCACGGGAGGAUAUAAAUAAGCUGCGGAACACACUGCGUUUCAUGCUGGCUAACCUGUCUGGAUUCAGCCCGGAAACAGACUCUGUUAAUAGCAAAGCGAUGUACAUCAUAGACCAGUACAUGAUGCAUGUGCUCCAGGACUACACCAGUAAGGUAACAGAGGCCUAUAAGAACUAUGAGUUUGGAAAGGUUAUCCGUCUGCUGGAGGCCCUAAUCACCAGAGACCUGUCAAGCUUCUACUUCAGUAUAAUAAAAGACAGGCUUUACUGCGAGGAGGAGAGAGAUCCCAAGCGCCGAUCCUGUCAGACCGUCUUGUCACAGGCUCUGGAUAUAGUGGUGCGCUCAUUUGCGCCAAUCCUUCCACAUCUGGCAGAAGAAGUUUUCCAAUAUCUGCCCUAUAAAAAAGGUGAAAACCCGAGUGUUUUCCAUGGAGGCUGGAUAGUGUCCAAUCCUGUGUGGAAAAAACCCGGCCUUGUAGAAGCUGUGGAGGCCGCGUGUUCCGUUAGAGACAUCUUUCUGGGUGCCAUUCCUGGAAAGAAUACCGCAGAGUAUGAACUUACAGUUGUCAUUGAGCCUGGACUGUUGUUUGAGUUGAUGGAGACGCUGCAGGCAGAGGAGACAUCCAGCACGUCACAGCUCAAUGAACUAUUAAUGGUGUCCCAGACCAGCCUGGUGACGGACUUACCGCUAGAUCUAGAAGCAGGGGCCAUUGUGCUCAAUGGAUCUUUCCUCAUCAACCUGGAAGGUGGGGACAUCUGCGAAGAAGAGGCAUAUAAAGUUGUGAUUCAGCCAAGUACCAACGAGCGCUGCCCCCGGUGCAGGAAAUACACCACCGCCUCUGCACUGACACCUUGUCCACGGUGCCUGGAAGCCAUCGCUGGGAAAUGGAGCCAGUGAAA